ACAAGAGGCGAGCACAUGUAAACCUGAAAGCCGUUCUCUUCGUUCUCUUCAGGUGACAAACGAAGGUUCCCAUAAGUGUACCAACGGCUUCCGCAAUAUUGACAUAGCGGCUCGCCAGCGGAUGCCGCAUGCCGCCAAAGCUGGUGUUGAAACGAGACCCUGGCAUUACAUUAGAGACGCUUCACGAAGACGACCAUGUGCUGGCCAUCUCAAAGCCAUUCGGUGUUCUGGCUCACCCUUCCCCAGGAUUUUGGCACAAGGGCACCAUGGCGCACGCGUUGGUUGAGAGAGUGCCUGAGGAGAUGCUACAGGAAAGAGGAAAUCACAACGAGUGGGACAGCUUCAUUCCGCGUUGCAUUGUGCACCGGUUGGAUGCUGGAACCACAGGCGUCAUGGUAAUUGCCAAGAGCCCUUUGGCAGAGAAGGGGUUGACAGCCCAGCUGCGAGCCGCCGACAUGCUGUGGGGCCAUAGCUCCGGCAAGAAGGUGUAUGUUGCAGUGCUGUUGGGGCACCCUGGAGGUUCACAGUCCUGCAUCACGGCUCUCGGCAAGAUUGGCCGAAACCCUCAAAAUCCAAAGGUCUGGGCUGUCACAGCGGAUGGCAAGCCCGCGAAGACGGUCUUUCGGGUCCAUGCCUUCAGCAAGAAGCAUGGGCUGUCACUGGUCACGGCAGAAAUCUUUACAGGGCGCACGCAUCAGAUUCGGGUGCAUGCUGCUCACUUGGGGUCCCCAGUUGCCAACGACCAUCUCUACACCCAGAAACGAUUCGAACUUCCGUCGCUUGGGCGGCUGCCGGAGCGCCGGCAGCUGCUACAUGCCUGGCUGCUCGAUUUGGAGCACCCGGACACUCAAAGGCGCAUCCUGCUGCGGGCUGCCCUGCCACCGGACAUGGCCGGUGUAGUCCAGAGAGUGUGGCCGGAGCUGUCGCUGGAUCCAGCAGCGUGGCCUGGGAUGCUCGCCAGGUUCCAGAGCCAGCAGAGCGUUCAGAGGUUGACGGACGUGGAGGUGCGCUGCAUGGCCUGGUGGGAUGCCUCCCCAGAAGGGCGGGCUUGGCUCCGGGACCGCGAUGCCUGGCUGAAGCGCAAGCGGGACGACUGCGACGGCGACCCGAAGCAACGCGGGAAAAACAAGCGGAACCACAGGAAUCCGAGCCCGGGCGGACGCGACCCCUCGGUCUUUCCACGGUGCGAGGAGGGGGAGGAGGAGGUGGGCCAUGGUCAUCUGGUUGAAGCUGGCAGGGCUUCGGAGUCCAGUGAGCGGCGUGAGGCUAGUAGAGGUGCCGGAAAGCCUCGGAAGAGUGUGGUGACCUUUGCGUUCAGCGUGGAUGAGGCCUGA